GCAAUUCUGCAGCAUUUUAACUUUCGUUCAAAAUCUUCAGACAGCCCUCAAAAGCAAAUUAAAGCAAACAUACAGACAAAAGUCAGCAGAAUCUUGCAAGAGAAACCUCAUAAAGACCAGCGAAAACCCAUAAACAAUUCACUCAGAUUCUUCCCCACAACAUGCCAAUAAAGCCUUAAAUCUUGCAGAUCCCCUUGACCUUAAAACAUUUCUACAACAUCCCAAGCAAAGUAUCAUUACUUCCUCCAAUCCCCAUCUCAAAAUCCUCCAUUUCAUUUCCCAAGUCGUUCACUUCCACCCAUGGCUUGCCUCCUCUUGCCCACUCUAUUUAUUACAUUGCAUGUACUAGUAUCCCUAGUACACGGCUAUGGCCACCACGGCAACAUGUGUCGGUCAUUCUGCGGAAACCUCACAGUUGACUAUCCUUUCGCCCUCCAACCGGGUUGCGGCCACCAUGGUUUUCGAGAACUCUUGUUUUGCAUCAAUGACGUACUCAUGCUCCACAUUAGCUCUGGCUCAUAUCGCAUUCUGGACAUAGACUAUGCAUACAAUUCCCUCGUGUUACAUGACCCCCAUAUGUCCACUUGUGACGCCAUCGUUCUAGGAGGCCGGGGCAACGGAUUCGUGGUCGAGCCCUGGCGGGCUCCAUACUUGAACCCAAGCUUCCCGGGGAAGCACUUGCCAUGUAGAAAUGUCUCGGGCCUAGGGUGUGAGGAGUACUAUGGGUGCCCGGCCUGGGAGAUAAUCAGCCCGAGACGAGUAGGCCCGGUAUACAGUUCGGGCCCUCCUGAUUGUUGUGCAAUGCCAUAUGAGACCAUAAGGAGUGUGAACCUCUCCAGGCUUGACUGCCAGGGAUACAGCAGUGCAUACAGCUUGGCUCCCAUAAAAGUAAGCGGCCCAGACGAAUGGGCCUAUGGGAUUCAAGUGAAGUACUCUUUGCAAGGAAGUGAGGACUUCUGUCGGGCCUGCGAAGCCACCGGUGGAACAUGUGGUUAUGACAUUGAUGGAAACAGUGAUCUGUGCAUGUGUGGGAGCUGGAACUCCACUUCUAAUUGUGAUUCUGUCCAUUCAGGUGCAUUUUCAUACAGGAGAAAAUGGUCUUCAGAGGUUGCAUUAGCAGGAUUGUUGAUCAUUGCAACUUUUCGAAAGAUCCAAAUAAUACAAGGAUAAAAGGCAAUUUUAAUCUAUAUUUCAUGUAGUUGAGAAAGAAAAGCAGAAGGUAAUAUAUUUCCACAUUUCAAUUGAUGAGAAACUUCUUAAGGAUCUAAUGCAAAGCAACGGAGAGAAACUUCUGACUUUGAGAGCAGAAAUGUAGCAGUUUGUAUUCUUUUUAUCUUGAUCUGGUUUUUCAUCUUGGUAUUCCACAAAACAUAUGUACCAUCCCAUGUAAUACAUUUUGAAUUUAUUUAUACUUGCCGUUCUGACA